AUGGCGCACUGGCACGAGCGCGCCGCGACAGACGCGACAAUGGUAGCCAGCACACCUUCUGAAUCAACCAUCUCCUCCCAGUCGCCUCUCGAUCCAACGCUCCCCAUCCAGAGCGCCACGCAAAAUCCCUUCCUGGACACCAGUGACCUACACAAACCCGACGAGCCUACCAGUGGACUGUUCUUCGCUGGACACCUUGACGCCGUUAUUCCCCCAACCCACUUAGUACAGAGGCAAACCGUAAAGAGUCGUUACCCGUUACCCCCCAUCAUCUAUCCUGACGACCGGUCGGGCAUCCCGGCGCCGAUCUGUCGCAUCAGCAUCAGCCACGUGCCUCGUCGCACGCCAAGCCGCCAAUCGCUAACACACCCCCUCGUGCGAGAGGCACCCAGAACCAGUCCCCUCCAACGAGCUCCUUCCAUCCAACCCGUCCCGCCAGCCCGAUCCGACCGACGACACGUAAGUCCGCAUGCCCUGCCCCGAGACCUAAUCCAGCCUCCGGCGUUCCGUCCGCUCAGCCAGAAAUCCCUCCAGCCAAGUCGUUCACCCCUGGUCCGACGCACAGCCUAUCCCCGCCCCGCGCCCAGCCCAAGGUCUGCCCACAGCCAGUCCCAUGCAAGUCGAUGCGCUGACCAUCUGCGUAAUCAAGUCCCAAGCCAAUAUCCGAUCGACCUGUAUCUUGUCCGCCGAGCAACACUCCGACACAUUGACCCCAGCCCAAAUCCGGCCAACGUCAUUCCCAGUGCCCCUGUGAAUCCCCAGCCUGCCACGCACCCCCUGAAGCCCAGCCCAUUCUUCCCAGCACCAAUCCGCGCUGACAUCGUUGCCCGCGCAGGGGACGCCACCCUUCUGCGACUUAUCGCCUGCCGUGUACCAAUCCGUACCGGCUCUGACCCAGUUUCCAGCCAGUUGAUGCUUAUUGUUGUCCAGCACGUGAAUGUCCAGUGCCUAGACCUGCACCAGAACUCCUGGCAACCGGUCGGGCAUCCCGGCGCCGAUCUGUCACAUCAGCAUCAGCCACGUGCCUCGUCGCACGCCAAGCUGCCAAUCGCUAACACCCACUCCCACUGCACACUUGUCCUCUGUUUCGACGGCACCGGCGACGAAUUCGGUGCGGACAACUCCAACAUCGUGCAGUUCUGCUCGCUCCUGCCCAAAGCGAACCGCACGAAGCAGCUUGUGUAUUACCAGGCGGGCAUCAGCACCUACUUCACGCCUGAGAUCGCCAGCCCCGUGCGGCACCUCUUCUCCAAGCUGGCCGAUGAACAUCUCGAUCGGCAUGUCAAGGACGGAUACGAGUUUCUCAUGCAGAACUAUAUCGAGGGCGACAGCAUCUGCAUCUUUGGCUUCUCCCGCGGGGCUUAUAUCGCACGAAGUCUUGCGGGAAUGCUCCACAAGGUCGGCCUUCUGCCGGUGUCGAACUAUGAGCAGGUACCAUUCGCCUAUAAAAUGUACAAGCACAGAGAUCGGCUUGGGUGGAAGCAGUCCAACACCUUCAAGAGAACAUUUUCAAGCGAUGUUAGUAUCAGGUUCCUUGGAGUCUGGGAUACAGUGGCCUCUGUCGGACUGAUUCCCCACACAUUACCGUUCACGACAUCUAACACCAUUGUGAAAACCUUCCGCCAUGCGAUGGCACUGGACGAGCGGCGAGUCAAGUUCAAGGUCAAUAUGUGGAACAGGCCCACAACCGACGAAGUGCGCAUCGGCAGUGAAUUUGUGCCGAACUCGGGUGCGGAACCGCUUGCUGGCAGCCACCAGCACUAUCAGAUGGAUGUCAAGGGAGUGUGGUUCGCCGGAUGUCACUGCGACGUCGGCGGCGGCUCCGUCGCCAACGAAACGGUGCACAACCUUGCGCGCAUUCCUUUGCGGUGGAUGAUCCGUGAGUGCUUCGAGGCAGACAGCGGGCUCGCUUUUCCCAAUGGUCAAGCCCCGCCCGCCGGGCGCUGUGCCUGCCACCGAAUGCACGUGUGGCUCGACACGCGCACCGCCGCACAGCCGAUGCACAAGGCCAUCUUAGAGGACCCCAUACUCGGCAAACCAGAGGAAGAGCACGACCUCGUCGACGCCCUCGCGCCCGUAUACGACCAGCUUUCACUGCACUGGUUUUGGUGGAUCUUGGAGAUAAUCCCUUGGCGCCAGCGCUACCAGCGCAACCGCGGCACGUGGGUCACGGUCUUCAGGGCCAACUGGGGCCGCGCCCGCGUUAUCCCGGAUGCCGGGCAGGAUGGGGUCCAGGUGCACCGCAGCAUCAAGAAGCGCAUGGAGGCGGAAGGCAUCAAUGGCAAGCCGUAUCACCCUCGCGCAGUGGUUCAUUGGCAGCACACCACUUGGGUUGAUUAA